AUGGAAUUCAACCCAUCGGAUCAUCCACGGGCCAGUACAAUAUUUCUCAGUAAAUCACAAACAGAUGUGAGAGAAAAACGCAAGAGUCUCUAUAUAAACCACCUGACGCACAAACUGAAGAACAAGCAUCCUCCUGGGCAGUUGAGAAGGAAGUACAGUUCCUGCUCCACUAUUUUCCUGGAUGACAGCACAGUCAGUCAACCAAACCUCAAGUAUACCAUCAAAUGUGUAGCUCUUGCAAUAUAUUACCACAUCAAAAACAGGGACACAGACGGAAGAAUGCUCUUAGAUAUUUUUGAUGAAAACCUUCAUCCCCUUUCGAAAUCCGAAGUGCCACCAGACUAUGACAAACAUGACCCGGAGCAGAAACAGAUUUACCGCUUUGUUCGGACGUUGUUCAGUGCUGCUCAACUGACUGCUGAAUGUGCCAUUGUCACCCUGGUAUAUCUUGAAAGACUUUUAACUUAUGCAGAGAUAGAUAUUUGUCCAGCAAACUGGAAGCGAAUUGUACUGGGUGCAAUUCUACUGGCAUCCAAAGUUUGGGACGACCAGGCAGUGUGGAACGUGGAUUACUGCCAGAUCCUGAAAGACAUCACAGUGGAAGACAUGAAUGAGCUGGAACGCCAGUUUCUUGAGCUGUUGCAGUUCAAUAUUAAUGUUCCCUCCAGUGUUUAUGCCAAGUAUUAUUUUGAUUUGCGUUCCCUGGCAGAAGCGAAUAACCUGAGUUUUCCUUUAGAGCCCCUCAGCAGGGACAGGGCGUAUAAACUUGAGGCCAUUUCCCGCUUGUGUGAAGAUAAAUACAAGGACUUCAGGAAAGCCGCGAAGAAACGGUCGGUCAGUGCUGACAAUCUGACUGUGGUUAGAUGGUCCCCUGCUAUUAUCUCCUAACAGAGGAGACUGGAAUAUUCCUACGGACGUACUGUUUCAUCCAUCCAUUUUUUCGGGGUGGGCUGGGG